AUGAAAGUGUUCUGCCUCGCCACUAUUGCGACCGCAAGCAUUCUUCCUGAACGACUCGGACAAGGUGUCAUCGUCAACGAUUCGAUCAUCGAUGAAGAAUUCAUGACCGAAGUUCUCGCGGCUCCAGAGGGACGUGCUUUCAAAGACGACUGCGUCAACAGCCUCAGCGCUUACCACCGCAACGCUGUCGAAGCCUGCGAUGCUUUGGUUCUAAACAACAAGUACCGACAAAACCACGCAGCUAACAACUUCGUUGUUCCAUCAAAGACCACCUGCGAAGGCGCUCAAAAGUGGGCCCAGCAUUUGGCCGACAAGUCUCUUGCUCAAGGAAAGCCUAUUUUGGAGCAUUCGCCAAGCUCUGAGCGACCAGGAGAAGGCGAAAACAUCGCUUGGUCCUCCUGGGGCGGAAGCACCAUGAGCUCUGCUGUCACCAUGUUCCAAAGUGAAGAUGUCAACUGGAACUUCUCCAGCGCGACUUGCAAGAAAGACAAGGUCUACGGCCACUUCACCCAGAAUGUCUGGCAAUCGACCACUAGCGCUUGCUACGCGAAGGCAGUCAACUCCCUCGGAACUUGGACUGUUGGCCGAUACAAUCCUCCAGGAAACUACAUAGGUCAGGAGGCCAAGAAUGUCGACAGCCGUGGACCACUUGAUGGAAACUACGUCGGAAGCAAUUGA